GGAUACAAUUCAUGAUUUCAAAGUUUAAAGAAACUUAUUUUCUUCAAAAAAAGUAUGUAUAUUCAAAAUUUAAGGGACGGCAAAUAUGAAAAUAAGAGCUUCUGUUCGUAAAAUUUGUGAAAAAUGUCGACUGAUACGUAGACGGGGGCGAAUUAUAGUAAUUUGCUUUAACCCGAGACAUAAACAAAGACAAGGAUAAUCUUGCUAAGCGGAAACGCUCUAAAGGAUCUGAUGUACAAAUAAAAAAAUGUAUAAAUAAAAAAAAGGAUCUAUUUUGACAUGAAAUGGAUAUAUCCAUAGACCCCUGACUUAUAUUUAUGAGAUAAUAAAAUAUGGCAAAACCUUUACCAAGAAUUGGUUCACGCAGGAAUGGACGUAUUGGUUCACGUAAGAGUGCGCAUAAAAUACCAAAAGGAGUUAUUCAUGUUCAAGCAAGUUUCAACAAUACUAUUGUGACCGUUACAGAUGUACGGGGUCGAGUGAUUUCUUGGUCCUCCGCCGGCACUUGUGGAUUCAGGGGCACAAGAAGAGGAACGCCAUUUGCAGCUCAAACCGCAGCAGGAAAUGCUAUUCGAACAGUAGUGGAUCAAGGUAUGCAACGGGCAGAAGUCAUGAUAAAAGGUCCUGGUCUCGGGCGAGAUGCAGCAUUAAGAGCUAUUCGCAGAAGUGGUAUAUUAUUAAGCUUCGUCCGGGAUGUAACCCCUAUGCCACAUAAUGGCUGCAGGCCCCCUAAAAAAAGGCGUGUGUAAAUAUAAAUAUUGAAGAGAUUUCAAGAGACAAGAGAAA